GGGUUGUGGGAGGUGAAGGAGAGCAUUUUCUUUUCUUCUUUUUCCUUUCCUUCUUGUUUUUUUCUUCUUUCUUCUUUCUUCUUUCUUUCUUUUUCUCUUUUUCUUUUGUUUGUCGUGUUCUCGUCCGCUUUCACAAUGUAUAUAUAGGUCGAUGCCGUACGUCGUAUUGUAUGUAAUAUGUACAGUAUAUGUAUAUACAGCACAACCAACCUCACCUCAAGUAUCCAUAAAAGAAAGAAAGUUGAAACAACCCGACCCCAGACACCAGAGAGGGGCUCAAGCUCAGACCGACGCGACAACGAGGCUCUGCGCAGUUGUGUUCAGGCUGGUCAGCACUAGCUUAGUGAGUUGGCGCUUGCAUGUGAUAACCAAGUGUGACCUCGUUGACACCUCCAUAUAUCGUUAUUGAGGGGCUGACUAGCUAGGAUACUGGGAUGAAAUGACUCUCCAAACAGAGGUGAAAACAAGACACGAACUAUGAGUCUAGUGGGCGCUAUCAAACUCAGAUAGAUUAUAUUCUUGUAUACCUUGUUACAGCCAUGAUUGGUCUCAUGCGAUUUCUCCGCGGAAUGGCCAGGCUGGCUUUCCCUGUUCAGGCAUCUUUUAUGUACUGAGUGCUUUGCAUUAUUUGUGGUUGUGCAGUUUGGAUAGACUUGAUCUAUGCAGACUGUUG